AUGAACUGUGCAUGCUUCCGCGGCAUAUUUGGGAGUUCAUCUUCCAGGGAACCACCACCCAAGGAGGAGCAGGAGCCAAAGCCUCUCGAAGCUCCGCCUCCUGUUCUCCCGCCUCCUGCUCCCCCACCCCCGCCUCCCCCACCUCCUCCUCCUCCCCCGCCUAAGGCCCCCCCUCCCCCUCCUCCUCUCAAGGCGCCUGGCUUCAGCCGCGCAAAGCCAGCAGUGCCACUGAAAGGAUUCCACUCGACCAAAGUCCAUGAUACCGCAGGAACCAUCUGGGGGGAGAUUGCCAAGGAUUCGGAGUUUCUGCGCUUGAAAUUAGAUGAACAAACGAAGGAACACCUGCAGGUGGUUUUCCGCGCCAAGGAGACGAAGCGGGCGAAUAACGUGGCGAUUAUGCUGUCGCAGUGCCGCAUGCCGCACGGAGUAAUUCGCGAUGCUAUCAUGGGUGGUAACCAGAAGGGAGUGCUGUCGUUGGAGCGACUGGACCUUCUACAGCAGGUGAUCCCCAACGACGACGAGGUGACCCAGCUGCAGGCGUACACAGGCCCCGUAGACGCCCUCUGUGCGCCCGAGCAGUUCCUCCUCACCCUCGCCUCCAUCCCCCGCCUCCGCGACAAGAUCGAGGUGCUCGUAUUCAUGCUGCGAUUCGCUGACCUGCACAAACAAGCGCACACCAUCAUGGCGACCGUCACACGAGCAUGCCAACAGGUGCACAGCAGCAGGGCGCUGAAGGCGUGUUUGAAGGUGGCUCUGGAGUAUGUCAACUUUCUCAACCAUGGCACUGCACGAGCUGGAGCCGCUGGAUUCAACGUGGAGUCUCUGCCUAAGCUCUUCGACCACAAGACCACCGUCACCGUCCCUCCACCUCUUCCUCCCAGCACACCCAAACCCGACUCCUCCAACUCCCUUCUCACCCCUGUCCAGCGCCCUGUGCCACGCUCCCACUCCCACACUGACUCCACCCAAAUCAAAUCCCCACCCGGGCUCCACAUUCAAAUCCCACAAGACCACUCCUCGUCCCUUCCCAUCCACCAAUCCGCCUCCCUUCCCUCCCUGCACAACCAUCCGUCUACCUCCCAGCCGCCCCCAACCACGCCGCUCCCCGCCGCCGCUCUCACGCCUGCAGCAGCGGCUCUCUCCCCAAGGCCCAUGUCUCCGGCUGCUGCGUUCUCCCCAAAAGCAGUUGCCAUGGCAGCUGCAGCAGGGGACGCGGAUGCUCUGAGCAGUGCCAUUCUGCGCGCGUCCUGCCUGCUGGAGGUGGUGGUGCUGCGUCUUGCUGCCACUGGCAUCGUCACCCCGCCCUUUGAAAUGAGCAAGGAGCUCGAGGCCGUGGGGCUCGCUGCUAAGUACUCGCAGGACGAGAUAGACUCCUCGUUGACGCCAAUGGACCAGGGCAUAGCCAUAGAGGAAGCAGGGGGCGAGCUGCUGUCGCAGCAGGCAGCAGCGGUGGCUGCAAAGCAGUCGUUACGCAUAGGAGCACCUGAGAGGGAGAGCUGUGACUCGGAAAUAAGCUCUGGGUCUGUGACUGGUGGGGUUGCAGCGUCGUGUGCGGGGCCCUGCUUUGCCAAGGAGAAAGGGAAGCGGAGGUCUGUGUUUGGGGUGACGUCUCGGGUGAGAGGUGCAAAGAAGGAGAAGGGGAAGGAGAUGACAGGGAAGAGUCAGGCGGCAGUGCGAGGAGCAAAAGGGCAAGCAAAGAAGCAGCAAGGCAGACAGGAGGCGACAGAAGGGGGCAGGGGCGCCGUGUGCACGUCUGUUACCCAUGUGGAGGGGGGAGUGCACCAGGGGGCUAGAGGGACGCUGAGAGGAGAUGUGGGUGAUGAGGCAACGUACGGCGCAGAGGAGGUGGAGUGUGGUGAAGAGGCAUGCAGUGCGUCGGUGGGAGUGAGGGCUGGUGAUGAAAGCAAAGGGAUGGUGGAAGUGAGAGAGGGAGUGGAGGGUGGAGCAGGUGGCAUGAGGGAAGUGAGAUCGUCUGGCAGGCUAAGGGUCAGUGUACCAGUGAGAGAAGCGUGUGACAGGGUAGGAGGAGGUGGGAUGACGGAAGGGAUUAAUGAAGCUAACGAGGACGCAGCUAAGGAAAGGGAACGGGAAGGUGGUGGCAGCCUUUCCUCCCAGCGAGGGAACGGAGCAAGAGAUGCAAGUGAAGAGAUGAAGGGGACUGCUGCAGAACAAGCAGAGGAUGAUGAGGUGGAGGCGGAGGAGGAGGGGGAGGAGGAGAGGGAGUGUGACGAGGAUGGCGAUGAGGAGUGGGAUGAGGAAUGGGAUGAGGAGGACGACAACGACGACUGGGAGGAGAGGGAUGAUGCGUCAACAGAGGAGGGGCGGAGGGAGCUGUCUCUGACAGAGCACCUGACAGCGUUUUUGGACAAGGCUCGCCCCGAGAGGGAGAGGCUAGCGGAGGAAGCAGCGAAUUGCAGGGAGCAACUGAAGGCUCUCGCAAAGUAUUUUGGGUCCUCGCCAACUGUAACACCACAGGCUGUGCUUGGGAUCAUCUGGCAGUUUGCUCUGCUCUAUGACAAGAGCCAGCGCUUGAGUGGCCUUCUCUGA